AUGUCCAACAACAGCCACACGGUGGCAGCAAAGCGCCAACCGCGCACGGCUACUCUGCCGGAAAUGGGGACCGUCAUUUACACGUUGAAAACCUCCCUGCCGAAACUGCCGAUGAAAACGGGCGAGGAAGGAGGGGACGCGACGGCCGACGACGAUUCAUUGGAUCAGUCGGAGCAGCGCCGACAUCAUGUAACCGGGGCGGCAUCUCCCUGCUCGGGGUCCGACCGGCUGGAGGAGUCGCCGCCGCCGCCGCCGCCGCGGUGUCCCGUGUUGGACAAGGAGACCGUCUUCGAGUGGUUCGGCCUACAUUUGAACCCGGCGAAGCGGGUCGAGUUCAUGUGCGGACUCCUGCAUAUGUGCCAGCCCCUGGAGCUCCGCUUUUUGGGAUCUUAUCUGGAGGACCUCGCCAGGAAAGAUUACCAUGUUCUACGGGACUUUGAGUUCCGGGCGAACAGUCCGGGCGACUUGGGCGUGUUGACGGACGUGAUUGACCCGGUGGUCAGGUCCAAACUCCUGGUCUGCCUGUCCCUCCUCGGGUCUGACAGCAGGGAAUGUGCUGGAAUACUCUACGGGAUACUGAGCCAUGUAGACCCGGCCUUGUUCUACAAACACUACGACUACCCCCUUCUCCCAUUCAUGGCUCCCCCUCCCCACCACCACCACCACCCGUUCCACCCGCCGUGUAGGGACGGGAGCGUGUACGGGCGGCCGGAGCAGACGUGCGGCUUCUCCGCCAACGAAACGGCGGCGGCGGGACCCCUGGAGCAGCUGGCGCUGCUCUUCACCAUGGCCUCCCUGCACCCGGCGUUCCACUUCCACCAGCGGGAGACGGUGCGAGGGCAGCUGGACAAAAUAGAGCUCGCCCUGGAGGAGAGACGUCAGAGUCAGCUCAGGAUAAUCGCCCAGACAACGGAGCUAACGGGUCAGAAGGUGGAUUACCUGCCUUCCCCUGCGCUGGGUUUGGGAGAGUGUACAGCCUCACAUCCUCCUUGCCAGAGCCGACGCUCCAACCGCUGGGUAGCACAAAGGGAAGCGGUGCAUAUAGAGGGAAUUGUGCUGAUGGGCAUCUCUCGGACCAGAAUAGACAAGGAGUACAACUUUGAGGUCAAGUGGUCAGACUCCUCUUCUACCAGUGUUACCAAAACUCAUCUGGAACUGGAGAACUUCCUGCUCAAGCUUCCUAAGGAUCAGUGUACGGAGUCUUUUGAGAAGAGCAUCCUGAGGCUUCUGAACCAGGGCGACCAGUAUGAGAGCAGGGAGGUGGAAAAGAACCUCAGGGAAAGGUUCCUGUCUGCUCCUCCAAUCUUCAGACAGACCAGGAAGGUCUGCAGCUUCUUCAACUGUGACUCCGCUAAACCCACUUCUUGCAGAUGCAACUGCCAGCUGGGAAAGGCCUUCCAGGAAGAGUGCUCCGAUGCCUCCAGUCAGGAGGAAGAGUCGUACGUUCAGGGACACAAGAAGAAGCACGGGACCAAGAGCCCGAGUCAAAGCCUGUCUAGUGCCAAAGCCUCCCAGGGGGACGGGCGGAGGGGGGGCCACACUGCAGAGGUCAACGGUCCUGCGGAGAGGAGGAAGAAGAGCUGUGCACUGAGGAGCAGUCAGGAGGCUGAACAGGUGAAGCACCCGGACACCGAGAAGCGAGUUCACCCAGUCACUAAAACCAAGAGCAGGGUCCUGCCCUCAGACAGGGACAAGGGGAAGGGGAAAGGAGCUGCCUUUGUGACCAAUGGUAGUUUGGUGUCGCCUCAGAGGAAAGACGGGGGCUCUGGUCCAGAUACCUUUGGUGAGACGUCAUCAGAGAGCUACAGCUCUCCAUCCAGCCCACAGCACAGAGGAGCAGAGAGCCUGGACAGUGAGGACGACAACAACAAAGAUACAGACAGCCACUCCGACGACUCCUGUAAAGGUCCCGACAUGUUCUUCAUGCACAAGACCGAUCCAGCUGUUGUGGGGGAGGUGUCCUCUGUCCAUCCACUGUCUUCCACCAACCACCGGGCCCACAUGGAGCCCCUCUGCCCGGAGACCAGCACAGAGUUCCCCCCUCUCUCCUUCAUGCAUUCUCUGCCGUACGUGCUCCCCAACAGAGUCGCUGACUCACUGCUUCCACUGGUCCCUCCUCCUCCAAGCCAAAUCAUCAUCCCUGACGGGAAGCCCCCAUCUGGGACGGUGAUGAUGCAGAUGCCCCUAGUGCCUCCGGCCAAUCUAGGCCCUGGAAUUGCGGGAGACCCAGAGAAGAGGGACAUGCUCCCAACCUUUGGUAUUCCACCUCUCGCCCUCCAUCCUCCAGGAAGUCCUGCUGUGCCGCCUCUGGUUCAGAGGUUCAAAACAGCUCUGCCUCACAGCCCAGGCGGAGCUGACGGAGCCUCGGGGAGUGGUCCUACUGCUGCAUUACCACAGGCGUCGCACCAGGCCCCUGUGAGAGGCGUCAUGACUCCUGGCCCCACGACCUUCUCCUCUCCACCUCAGCAGUCUCUGCCCUGCCAGGACCCGGCCAGCGGAGGCUCAGGUCCGGAGACUUCUCAUGCCAAGCACCCGAGCUUACCCUUACCGUCUGGCCUGCCCCCUCCCUACACCCUGCCGCCCGCCCCCACAUCUGGCCUGCCAACUGCAGGAGCACCUGCAGCCACUGGUGCAGCUCCGUGUCCUGGACACGUUCAAGCAGCUGUUCCUCCAACUGUGCCCACCCACACCCCUGGACCCGCCCCGAACCCUAGUCCAGCACUUACUCACAGCAACGCGCACAGUAACUGCACGUCCUACAGCAACAGUGGCCCUUCCAGUGGAAGUCCCCCCAUUGCCCCUGGAAACCCUAUUACUCUUCAGCAAACCCAGCAGCAACAAGUGAGGUCCCAGCAGCCAACACCACCACCACCACCACCACCACCACCACAACAACAACAACAACCUUUGGGCUGUGGUACUUGUGGCUGUCACAACAACUGCGGUGGGCGAGGCGGCGGCGGCAGUGUCAGCGGCGCCUCCAGCUGUCAGACCCCCUUGUUCUUCCCCACCCACCAAAUGGCAGCGGCAGCAGCGCGGCAGGUGUUCAGCAUUCCUCCACCUCUCUUCCAGCUAACAAGCCUGUGCAGUAACAGCUACCUCACCCAGGCCCAGUCUCCUCACCAGGCCAAUGGCGCCGCCAACCUGCCACCAUUCUUCACCGCCGCGCCACCUCCUGCACACCCGUCGCCCUACGGCCCCCUCCACGCUCACGCGGACGUGCCGUCACACAUGCUGGGCACCCAGGCCGCCGCAGUGGCGGUCGCCGCGGCGAGCUACAACCUCCAGCAGCAGUCGUUCUGCCAGCGCGUCUACCAGCACGUGUACCCGAAUCAUCUGGGGAUGCUGCCUGCUGUGACACUAGGGGGAGGCGGAGUCAAUAAGAAGAGCGGCAAUGUGUCCUGUUAUAACUGUGGUGUGAGCGGCCACUACGCUCAGGACUGCAACCAGCCCUCCAUAGACUCCACACAGCAAGGAGGCUUCCGGUUAAAGUACGCAGCCUCCCACAUUUCAGAAGCAUUCGACAAUGCGGACUGAAGAAGAAGCAGAAGAAGAAGAAGGGAUGAAGACUUCCUCUGGUCUCGUUACCACGGUGACAGUCCUCUGUUCUUCCCCCCCAGGCAAAGUGUGUGAGAGCAGCGCACUAAAGCAUCUGUGUGCUUCAGGAAAGGGAAACAAAAAAAUCUCAACCUGCCAAGGGCUCAGUGAACAAAGCCUCAGUACUCGUGCCUGAGAAAAAAAAACAUGUUUCCGUGGAGAUGGAGACUUGUCUCGCGCACACAGAAUAUUCCACGUGACUCCUGGUCUCUUCCCUUUCCGUUUGUUUUUUGAUAUUUUUGCACUGAGGGUUGGAAACUAGUAACUUAUUACAUAAUUAUUAGGAAGUUGACAGAUUUUUGGGGAAACUUUUUUUGCUUGAAAAAGUCUCGACUGAAAACGGUGUUUAAACACUUUCCUCGUUAUUACUGUUCACCUGGGAUUUUUUUGUCCGACAAAUGUACAGUAGUUUUCGAAGAUUAAAACAAGAAUCAAAAAAACCCACAAUGUAAGCAAAAUGGAUUUUAUGUUUAUUUGCAUUUUCAUAUUUGCUAAAUUUUUUCUGAAUGUACACCUUCUCAUUUAAGGAAUCGGGAGUGUAUGAAAAUGGAUGGAUCUCGUGCAUUUUUGCCACUUGAUCUGUGUUUUAUUGGAAGGGGAUUGCUGCUUUGUAUUAUGUGAUUUUAAAAGUUUUGUGAAGUGGAAGUGCACUAAAACAGUUUGUCACUGCGAAGCAGGUUGUUGUAAGGAUUCAUUCAUGUUCCACUAAACUACAGGCAAAUACAGUAUUUUGAUUUUGUUUGAAUAUAAUUUUGUGUUACAGGUGUGAAAUAUCUUUUUUUUUUCUGGCUGAUGUUUAUGAUGAGUAUUACUGUGUUUUUAAUUAAAAACUACAGUUACUGUAGAAAAAAGUCAUUCGACCCGGACAUCAGCCAUCUACCUGCAGUUGUACUUCAUGGUCUCAGAAGAAAUAAUGUUUUUUAACUUUUUAUCUAAAGUUGCCUCUCAAUACUAAAAUGUAUUUGGUAGAUUCAUGCUCUCCCGAAGAGGAAGUUGUACUGGUGAUAAGCUUUGGUCUCACUCGAGACAGGACUUGAGAUUUUUAAACCACUACUAGGACUCUAGAUGUGAAUGGACACAAAGCAAACUGAAAAAAAAAUAAGUUAAUGUUCCUGUUCAUGUCUGUCGGCCUUAAAUUUAAACUGAUCAUUUACAACUUUGCCCCUUCAAUUUAUUUGCGUGUUGUUUGUCCAAGUUGACUUAAUCGUAGCCGUGUCAUUUUUUGCAAGGUGCUGUAGCCAGAUGACGUUCCCAUUCAUAAAACCUGAACUGUGGCCACAAGUGACUUAAUGUGAUGUUUAAUGCUGGAGAAUACUAAAUAGUUAUAAAGUAAGAGAACUGACUCAGUACUUACACAGUAAUGUCUAUCUAAAAAAGUGAGAAGUUAUAUAAUCUAGUUUUACCCCUAACCUACUGAAAAGGAAAGGGCACAAAAUGAGUUAGAAGAAAUUAGAAGGAGCUUCAAUAAGAGGUUCAGAUGCCACCUCAACAUGUAGCCAAUCGCUGUAUGAAUCUGCCGUGAUAGUCAGGUUUGGAAAGUUAAAAAAUAAAAAAGAUUCAAACUUAUAUAUAUUUUUUCAAAAAUAGUUCAGCUGUUGCCUUCACGAGUGGAUGAGAUGGAGCAGUGGGCAGUUUGGUCAAGGUGUUUUGUUUCCACUUAACUUUACAGACUGACCAACAGAAAACAGAUGUAUUUCUGUCACAACAGCUCUUUAGGAGUUAAGUCAGACGGCUUGUUGCUUUUUUAAAAAAAAAGUAAAAAUCCAACUUUAUUUCUGGACUUUUCAAUGAGAUCUGUAGUUUUGAAUGCAUUCAAAAAUAUUGAAUAGUAUUUAUUUAUUAUUUCACCAUGUCUUUAAUGCAUUCAAUACUGAGCGCUUGUUUAAAAGGAGUUCACAGGUCUCAAGACAAAAUAACAUGGAACAUCUCAUAGCCUGUGUGUGAAGUUUGUGUUUUCUGUUCCGUCUACAUUAGGAUGGGGGAAAAAUUGAAUAGAAUUUUUUUCCUAAGCCUUUUUUUCUUGGUGAUGCGCUUUAAAUUUUGAAAUUAUGAUAGUUUUAUGCAAAUUAAGUGUGUUUGAGUGUGUGAGAGAGAAACUCUCAGGCUGCUCUUUGGUUCUUUCGGGCCUUGUGGACAUUUUAUUUUUGAUUAGCAUUAAUCAAACUACUGUCAGUGCACAAGGUGAAAUAGAAAUCUAUGCAUACACAGUUGUUUCACUUAAAUUGACUGCCAGAAGAUUGCCAGUGGUGGAGACUAUUUAAUGUCAAUCUGUUAAACACCCUGAACCCACUGCUCUCAGAUCGGACUGUCUCCAGUUUCACUUUGACGACUAUUUAUGUCCCAAACUGUCCCACAAAGUUCAUACUCUAGUCCAAGGCUUGAAAUCUUACUGAUUUCUGAAUCCGGGAGUCAGUGGCGGCGACCAGACGUGGACCAGGCAGACUUUAAAAGAUGAAGAGUGAAGUCCAGUGUACAUACUGAGGAUGCACCGAACAACCCAUGUGUACUUUUUUGUUGACCUUGAUAGUUGGAAAGAAAAUAAUGCUGUACUGUACAUUUGCAAGGGAUCACUCUGCUGCCACUCUCAGUUGUAAUGUUUACUCUUUGAUAUCGAUGUACUGGAAAGGUCAAAUAUAUUUCUAGAGCGGAAUUUGGUUUUUAUGCAAACUGUUGAUCUGUUUUUUUGUCCUGUAAUUAAAAGCAAUAAAUCUAAAAAUGAA